AUGUUUACGUUUGCAAAACUUUCUAAUAAACCUAUAUUAUGGUCGUGCAUAAAGAGAACAUGUACUCAAACUGCACCGGAUAAAGAUCCAAAGCCAGUUCAAAAAGCGCGUAUCCUACGAGAGGAUUGUCCCAUGAACAAAGCAUUCAUGGGGAAGACUGCGUGGAGUAUUAUGCACUCAUUCGCUGCAUAUUAUCCAGAACAACCUACUGUGUUUCAAAUGCGUAUGGCCACGAAUUUUUACGAAUCGAUUCCUCAUUUAUAUCCGUGUAAAACAUGUUGUGCUGAUUACCUCAAAUACCUGGAUUCUAAUCCAGUCCAAGUAAGUUCAAGGCUGGAAUUGAACAUGUGGUUAUGCAUAUUUCAUAAUGCGGUGAAUAAAAAGUUGGGUAAACCAGAGUACGAUUGCAGUAAGGUGUCUGAGCGUUGGAAGGAUGGCUGGUUGGAUGGCAGUUGCGAUCAGGAGUAA